AUGGCUAAUUCUGCAAGGAAUGUGACCAUCAUCAUCAUCGGUCUGGAUAAUGCAGGCAAAACUUUACUUACGGAGGCCUUCUGCAGACUACUGCCUAGCAAGAUAGACCGUUCUAUGAACUCUAAACUGACUACAGUUCUGCUAGAUGAAUAUGAAAUUGCUAUCUGUGACCUGAAUGGAGAUCUGAAGGGACGAGAAAUCUGGCCCGACUACUAUGCACAAGCACAUGGGAUUGUUUUUGUCCUGGAUUCCAGCGACUUAGGACGCAUGCAAGAAGUGAAGACCACUUUAUCAAAUCUUCUGUCUGAUGCAAGAGUGGCAGGAAAACCCAUUCUAUUAUUGGCAAAUAAACAAGACCGGCAUAAUGCCCUCUCACCUGGUGAUAUUAUUAAAUAUCUGGAAGGGAUAAUGAAUGACAACAAGUUCAUUUGCCUUCUGAAACCCUGCUCAGCUAUCCACAACUUCCAAAGAAGUCACGAUGAGCCCCUACUUGAAGGGCUGCGCUGGCUGGUAACUGCCACUCAGAAUAAACAGGAAGAGCUGUGUUCUCACCAACAAUCACGCACUUCAAGUAUCGCAAACUCCAAGGAGGACACCACAGGCAUCAAGGAUGAAAGUACAUCAUCCAGGUACUGAGCUGCCUCUAUUAGGUUGAUAAGACCCAGCUGGCAUGGCUCAGUGGUUGAGAGUCUACUCAUGAACCGGGAGGUCACAGUUCGA